AUGAACGUUGAGGUCUUCCUGAUUCGCAGUAUACAUGAAAAAAGAAACCAAGAAAUGAUAAUAUAUGACACUCCCACAGGGCCUUAUCCGGCUCGGGUCCGCAUUGCCUUGGCCGAGAAGAACAUGCAAUCGAGUGUCGAAUUUGUGAGGAUCAACCUCCGGAAGGGAGAGCAUAAGAAGCCCAACUUUCUUGCCAAAAACUAUUCAGGUACGGUGCCAGUGCUCGAACUCGACGACGGAACUUUAAUCGCUGAGUGCACAGCCAUUACCGAAUACAUUGACGCACUUGACGGUACACCCACUCUCACCGGAAAAACACCGCUGGAAAAAGGCGUAAUCCACAUGAUGAAUAAACGCGCAGAGUUGGAGCUGCUCGAUCCUGUUAGUGUUUAUUUUCACCAUGCCACACCAGGAUUGGGGCCUGAUGUCGAGCUCUAUCAAAACACCGAAUGGGGGCUUCGCCAGCGCGACAAGGCUCUGCGUGGAAUGCAUUAUUUUGAUGCCGUUCUCAGAACACGUCCGUUUGUUGCCGGUGAAUCGUUCUCAAUGGCUGACAUCACAGUGAUAGGUGGUCUGAUAUUUGCUGCGUUCGUGAAACUGCAGGUGCCCGCAGAAUGCGAGGCACUUCAGGCUUGGUACAAAAGGAUGCAACAACGCCCCAGCGUAAAGAAACAGCUAGAGAUGCGCCCACCAGCUGCGUAA